ACUGGCAGCUGGCCGGGCGCUCGCAGGGGGAGCUGCUGCAGGCUCCGCGGCGGCGGCGGCAACGGAGGCUGCGGGGGUGGCGGCGCGAGCGGCCGGGCUUGGGGGGGGGAGCCGAGCCCGGCCCGGGAGCCUGAGCAGCUAGAGUGCGGGGUAUCUAGACCCCUCACACUGGACUCCACAGUCUCUGGGCCGCCUGACCUCCGCACGGGUAUAUGGGAUGGAAGCGGGACCCUCGGGAGCAGCUGCGGGCGCCUACCUGCCCCCCCUGCAGCAGGUGUUCCAGGCACCUCGCCGGCCUGGUAUUGGCACUGUGGGGAAACCAAUCAAGCUCCUGGCCAAUUACUUUGAAGUGGACAUCCCUAAGAUUGACGUCUACCACUACGAGGUGGAUAUCAAGCCGGAUAAGUGUCCUCGCAGAGUCAACCGGGAAGUGGUGGAAUACAUGGUCCAGCAUUUCAAGCCUCAGAUCUUUGGUGAUCGCAAGCCCGUAUAUGAUGGAAAGAAGAAUAUUUACACUGUCACAGCGCUGCCCAUUGGCAAUGAACGGGUCGACUUUGAGGUGACAAUCCCUGGGGAAGGGAAGGAUCGAAUCUUCAAGGUCUCCAUCAAGUGGCUAGCCAUUGUGAGCUGGCGCAUGCUGCAUGAGGCCUUGGUCAGUGGCCAGAUCCCUGUUCCCCUGGAGUCUGUGCAAGCCCUGGAUGUGGCCAUGAGGCACCUGGCAUCCAUGAGGUACACCCCUGUGGGCCGCUCCUUCUUCUCACCGCCUGAGGGCUACUACCACCCGCUGGGGGGUGGGCGCGAGGUCUGGUUCGGCUUUCACCAGUCUGUGCGCCCUGCCAUGUGGAAGAUGAUGCUCAACAUUGAUGUCUCAGCCACUGCCUUCUACAAGGCGCAGCCAGUGAUUGAGUUCAUGUGUGAGGUGCUGGACAUCAGGAACAUAGAUGAGCAGCCCAAGCCCCUCACGGACUCUCAGCGUGUACGCUUCACCAAGGAGAUCAAGGGCCUGAAGGUGGAAGUGACCCACUGUGGACAGAUGAAGAGGAAAUACCGUGUGUGUAAUGUUACCCGCCGCCCUGCCAGCCAUCAGACGUUUCCCUUGCAGCUGGAGAGUGGACAGACUGUGGAGUGCACAGUGGCACAGUAUUUCAAGCAGAAAUAUAACCUUCAGCUCAAAUAUCCCCACCUGCCCUGUCUGCAGGUUGGCCAGGAACAAAAGCAUACCUACCUUCCCUUAGAGGUCUGUAACAUUGUGGCCGGGCAGCGCUGCAUUAAGAAGCUGACUGACAACCAGACUUCAACCAUGAUAAAGGCCACAGCUAGGUCGGCCCCAGACAGACAGGAGGAGAUCAGCCGCCUGAUGAAGAAUGCCAGCUACAACCUAGAUCCCUACAUCCAGGAAUUUGGGAUCAAGGUGAAGGAUGACAUGACGGAAGUGACAGGGCGAGUGCUGCCGGCGCCCAUCUUGCAGUACGGCGGCCGGAACCGGGCCAUUGCCACACCCAAUCAGGGUGUCUGGGACAUGCGGGGGAAGCAGUUCUACAAUGGAAUUGAGAUCAAAGUCUGGGCCAUCGCUUGCUUCGCACCCCAAAAACAGUGUCGAGAAGAGGUGCUCAAGAACUUCACGGACCAGCUGCGGAAGAUUUCCAAGGAUGCAGGGAUGCCUAUCCAGGGCCAGCCUUGCUUUUGCAAAUAUGCGCAGGGGGCAGACAGCGUGGAGCCCAUGUUCCGGCAUCUCAAGAACACCUACUCAGGGCUGCAGCUCAUUAUCGUCAUCCUGCCAGGGAAGACGCCAGUGUAUGCUGAAGUGAAACGUGUUGGAGAUACACUCUUGGGAAUGGCUACACAGUGUGUGCAAGUGAAGAAUGUGGUCAAGACCUCACCUCAGACUCUGUCCAACCUCUGCCUGAAGAUCAAUGUCAAACUUGGUGGCAUCAACAACAUCCUAGUCCCACACCAGCGCUCUGCCGUCUUUCAACAACCAGUGAUAUUCCUGGGAGCGGAUGUUACACACCCCCCGGCAGGGGACGGGAAAAAGCCUUCUAUCACAGCAGUUGUAGGUAGUAUGGAUGCCCACCCCAGCCGUUACUGUGCUACUGUGCGGGUGCAGCGACCACGGCAGGAGAUCAUUGAAGAUUUAUCCUACAUGGUACGUGAGCUGCUCAUCCAGUUCUACAAGUCCACCCGCUUCAAGCCUACCCGCAUCAUCUUCUACCGAGAUGGGGUUCCUGAAGGCCAGCUCCCCCAGAUCCUCCACUAUGAGCUGCUGGCCAUUCGUGAUGCCUGCAUCAAACUGGAAAAGGACUACCAGCCUGGGAUCACUUAUAUUGUGGUGCAGAAACGCCAUCAUACCCGCCUUUUUUGUGCUGACAAGAAUGAGCGAAUUGGGAAGAGUGGUAACAUCCCAGCUGGGACUACUGUGGACACCAACAUCACCCACCCAUUUGAGUUUGACUUCUAUCUGUGCAGCCACGCAGGCAUCCAGGGCACCAGCCGACCAUCCCAUUACUAUGUCCUUUGGGAUGACAACCGUUUCACAGCGGAUGAGCUCCAGAUCUUGACGUACCAGCUGUGCCACACUUAUGUACGAUGCACACGCUCCGUCUCAAUUCCAGCACCUGCCUACUAUGCCCGCUUGGUGGCUUUCCGGGCACGAUACCACCUAGUGGACAAGGAGCAUGACAGUGGAGAGGGGAGCCACAUAUCGGGGCAGAGCAAUGGGCGGGACCCCCAGGCCCUGGCCAAAGCCGUGCAGGUUCACCAGGAUACUCUGCGCACCAUGUACUUCGCUUGAAGGCAGAACGCUGUUACCUCACUGGAUAGAAGAAAGCUUUCCAAGCCCCAAGAGCUGUGCCACCCAAAUCCAGAGGAAGCAGGGAGGAGGGAGGUGGGGUAGGGAGGAAUGCAGAAGGCCUUGGUACCUUCUACUUCUAUACAGGGGGCGAAAGGGUGGGGAAGAGGGCCAGUAAGCCAGACCACCAGCCAGAAAUCUCUGAUAUUCACCUCACGCCCUCCACCCUUCACCUCAUCUUGUCACAUCUGGCCCUGACCCCACUGGACCAAGAGAGGCAGCACUGGUGCCCACCAUACACACAGGUGUCUCAUGUGACUCACAGUGCUAAAGACUCAUGCCUGACAGCUUGGUAAGGUCGGCUCUGCAGCCCUGCGGACAAAAGCUGGUAGGUUUGGGUUCGAUACUUUAGAUGGGAAAGUGAGGGGCUUGAGAAAGUGGGUGGGAGGAGGGAAGGAUUUUUUUAGGAGCCUUAAUCAGAAAAGGUCUAGAUUUGUUUAAAAAGAAAAACAAAACCAGAUUCAGAUCAAUAUUUUAGGAUACUAGAUGUUUUAAUGGGUUGAGAAUCCAGUUUGUAGGAAGAUUUUUAAUGCUGAUGGUUUUGGUUGCCCCUCCCCCAGCUGCCACUCCCCUUUCCCUUAUUCCUCUCGCCACCUUUUCUACCCCGCCAUACACGUCCUCCCUGACAGACAUCCAGCCCCUAGUAAGACUUAAGGCACUAUGGCACUUAGCUCUGAAGUGACACGACCCUGUCUUCCUUCCGCCUGCUGGUGGGUAACCAGUGCCUUCCCUGUAACGGUAAUGCUGCAGAACUGCAACCUUUUGUACCUUUUUUGGGGGGUGCGGGGUGGGGGUGGGAGAGGAGGCAGGUGGGGCUGAAAUACCCCUAACCCAGCAAGCCUCCAGCCAGAGCGCCAGCUGUUUUUCAUUUGAAGGAAUUGACUUCCAUAUUCAUUGAGCUUUUAAAAAGAUCACAACCUCAAAAUGGUUAAAAUCCAUUGACAUUUGCACUUUCAGACAUGACAAGUCUCGGAGCUGCUGAGAUGACUGGCCCCUGGCCGUUCCACUUAUGUCUCCUUUCUUUCUGUCCCGUUCUCCUCUCCGGUAACCUGGGUCUGGAGUUACUUUCAUAGCAUUUCUCAACUCUUGGCUUGUUUUUUCCCUGAUGGUCAAGUCUCUUUAUGUUUCAAUAUUUUUUAACUGAGGUGUCUUAAAACAAAUGACCCUUAGGUCUAAAGUAAGAAAAAAAAGCAAAAACUAAAUAUUAUUUUUAUACUACAACUUGAGUCUAUUGCCAAAAUCUGGAAAUCCCUCCCAUGCCCAGUGAGUUUACAUCCCAGAAACAUUGAGCCAUCAGAAGGAACUCUUGACCUGACCUGUUCUUUGGCCUGGCUAGGUAGGUGGUGGUUAUUUCCCCAAGGUGGGGCUUGGGCUCCACCCCUCCUCUGUGCAGAUAAUAUCUUUUUCUGGCUGCAGGCUCCCUCUUCUGCACUGCCCUGCACUCUUUUCCUGCAAGUGCAUCUACCCUUCCUCUGGGCUGUCCUCUGACACUUUGGCUCAUCCUAGAUUUCAGCGUGUCCUGUGGAUAGACUGGGGAUUUUGCUGUUCCCUAUUGCUUCUGUUUACACAAAUGAAUUUUUUCUGGUUUCCCACUAGGGCAUGUGAGUGGGUGGCAUGGGCUUUUUUUUUUUUUCUUUCUUUCUUUCUCCCCCAUCUCCCUGGAUAGAGAUGGGGUUUGGCUGUCUUGCAGAACUGGAAAAGUAGGGGGUUCUAGCUCAGUGCCUGCUGGCCUUGAAGCAAGGCUCCCUCUUUCCUUGACUGUUCAUUUUUUCCUAUCCCACUGCUUGGGAUAAGGAGUUGCAACUUCAGUGUGGAAAUUCCUCUUUUUGAGGAGCUUGGGCUUGGGUUUGCCCCAGUCUGGUGAUGAAGCCAUGACACUUUAGACCUAGGUCAGGCCUGGAGGCCAGUCAGAGGAAGGCCAGUCUGAAUAUGGGCCUAUGCAGUUAGAGCUACAAUUUCCCCUCCCCAGCAGCCCUUGUACAGACCCAGAUUUGCUAUGCAAAACAGUCUAUCCCAGGUUCUGUUCUGGUUGGCUACUUUGUUCAGCAACUUCACAAAACGUAGCACAAACAUUGAUUAUGGUGAAGGCAUCAGGACUGUUGAGUAACUCCUCCUUUCUUUCUUUCCUACUGGCUACAGUGUGGGGUGCCCCAUGGGCACAGCCCAGCUGAAGAACAGAAUGGAGGGCUUUGGGAGGAGGCAGCUCACUGGAGAGCCUACAUUCCUUACACAAGUGCCUAAAGAGAGUGAUGCCAACACUCCAUCUGCCCUGUCCAUCGCCUUCAUAUACUGUCUACUUCGUGUUCAGUCACCCUUUGGGGAGGGGAGCUCUCUUGGGACAGUGGGUUUUGCGUGUUGUCUUCUUGGGUGCAUUUUAGGGCUGGGAUCAGGGCAGUAUUCCUGGAGAGUCCAGUCAUUCACCAGCAUUUGCAGAUGUCCAUUGCGAGUUGGUGGUAGUCACCUACUCUCAGCAACAAGUUUGUGUUUUUCCUUUUUCUCUCUUUGCCUCACUCUCUGCAGUUGGGUUUUGAGCUGAGGCCUGAAAUGCAUUUUUUAGCCCUUUGGCAUUGUGCAUGCCACGUAAGAAAUAAAAGCAAGAGAAAAAGCGUGGGCAAGGGCAAGAAUAUGACUUCUUGCUGUGAUAUUCUUUCUAUCCUUAAAAAAGAAAAAAAAAAUAUCUUUGAGACUUGAAAAAUACCCUUGACCUUGAGGAAGGUGGUACAUGCAGAUUGAGAAAUGGUGUUGGCAACAAGCUUUGACUUUUUUCAAUUUGGUUAAAGUGGUGCUUCUUUCUUAAGCUCUGAGGAAGCCCUGGGGGGACCCCAACCUCAUCCUCUUAGACAAGUCUCUUGCUCCCUUUCUUCCACUCUUCUGCGUUCCUUAUACUCUUCUCUCUUUCCCUGACCUCCUUUUAUUUAUUUUUUUAUGUUCACUCAGCUUGCUUGCAGGCCUGCCUGCCUGUCUGCCUAUGUGAUGAUGAAUUCUCUGCAUGGCUACAGUGAUCCUGCUGUUAGCUGGCAAGGUCAGGGUUAGCUCCUUGGCUGCAGAAGACCAAGAAUCUGCAUCCUAAACCCAAUGAUGUCCUCCCUGGGCUGGACUGCUUUCAAACUUACAUGAAGGCAUAGCAGAAGGCCUGCCCAACUGGCAUGAAAUCAGGAGGGCUUCUGGCAACUUCCAUACCUAUCCAUUCUUUGGAGUUGGUUUCUCUUAUUGCUUUUUCUUGAUCUGGUUUCAUUUAUUUACCUGGGGCCUUCCUUUUCUGAGGAUGUCCUAGAAGCAAUCUACUUGGUUAUCCAGGGUUAAAGGGUUAAGGGAUAGACAUGGGGGAAGAAGGAGAGAGAUGGGAAGAGAAUGGAGAGAAUAUGGCUAAAAUCUGGGAAAGGAGAGCACUGUUCAUUGAUCACUUUUCCAGUCCAGCCUGACUCAUUGGGGCAUUGAGAUGCUACUGCUGGCCUCUGGGGAUAAGCGGGGGCUGUUGUUGCUGGGAACUUAGGCUUAGAUCAAGGCUGAAGAAGAAGGUACCUGAAAGUAUGGAACCUCCCUAAAAAGCUCCUGUUUCCCACCUACUCAAUAGCUCCUCCAUAGCCUCCUCUUUGGCCAAGCAACGAUGUUCUUGGAUAGUUUUCUUUUUCUUGUCUAGAGUUCUAUAAAUGAGGACAACAAGAUGGGCACCCAAGGGAACGCUGGCUUCUUAACUGACCCAUGGGAUAGCUUCGAGGCUGGUGGACAGUGUUUUAGAUCUGGCAUCAUGUGUAACAAGGAUGAAAGUUCCUUCCCCUUCAGGGUAGAAAGUCAUCUCAAACAAACUAAUAUGCAGUUUUGGAAACUACAUUGGGGGAAGCUAUUUUUAUUUAUAUUGAUUGAGCCUAGGCCAAUCCAGGAUGGUAGCUGGUAUGCCUUCCUUCUUAAUGUCUGAUCAUGGUAGGAUUAUGCAGGGCACUCUUUCCUCUUUGGCCUUCUAAGCAGACUGGGGAGAAGGGAUUCUCUGGUUUUUCUCUCCCCCCUCCCCCCAUUUAUUAGGACUUGCCUUCUCCCUGGGCAGGGAGAGAGGCUAGGUUGGUGCUCUCCCCUUACUCUACUCCUACUGACUUAGAACCUCUGGCUGCUGUUUGGGAGCCCAGGAAAGGGAGUGGAGAGAAUGGGCUCAAAAUAAAAGAAGAUAAAACAAAAAAAACAGAAUAAGGUGGGGAAGGCAGAUUUUCUUCUUUAAAAUGGAAAAUAGGAAACCCUCCAAGGAUUGUGCAAGUAAAGACAAUGUGUCUAAUGCACUGACUCCCCUGGUGUAGUAGCAAUAAGGAAAAAUGAAAUGACUCUCCUGUGCGCACAGUCCAACCUGAUUGGUGUGUUAUGUUGUACUUAAAGCAGCCAACUGGUGGGCAUGUGUGACUACUCUGGGUUUCACUUUAGUUUCUAAACUUUUUAUCCCUCUCAAGUCCAGCAUGGAUGGGGAAAUGUCCUUGGAGCCCCACAGCUGUGUACUUGUUUGCAUUUGUUUCCCCUUGAGACUUGUGUUUGUGUCCUGCUUUGAGCUGUACCUUGUCUAGUCCAUUGUAAAAUUACCCCAGCAGCUGUAAUGUACAGUUCCUUCUGAAGCAAGCAGCAGCAGCAGCAGCACAAUUCUGUGUUUUAUAAAGACAACAGUGGCUUCUGUUUCUAAAGUGCGGUCUCUCUCUCUCUCUUUUUUUUUUUCUUAGCAAAGCAAACUAUUGGGAUUAAUUAUAUCUCUGAUAGGUUUUACAUUAGAAUAAUAGAUUGUUAAAGAGCCAAACCAUCACUUUGUAAAGGAGGGAAGUAGGUAAAACAAAUUCCAGUAUGUUGAAACUACAGCCUCUAUUUAUUCUUCAUUCAGCAAACGUGCAAAGUACUGUGUUCAGCGGUAUUUUGGGGGAAUAGGAAGGCACGGUCCCAAAGUGAGGAAAACAGUGUCUCUUUCCUUAAGGAGCUUAAAAAGUUUGGUUGGGGAUAUGAGUAGCCAAAUGGUUUUCUGGUACCAUUUAGACUACCAUUUAGUCCUUGUUUUGAGGACUAAAACAAGGCUAUAAGACUGUAGUGAUGAAGAUAGGAAAGGGCAGAUUUGAGAGACACUCAGGAGAUAGAAUUAAUAGGACACAGUGGAUAAUGGAAUGGGAAGAGGAGUAGAGGCUGACGCUCACUCUGCUUGAGCAGGUGAGUAUAUUGGGACAUUACUCUAGCCAGGAUUGGGGGUAAAGGGGAGAUGAUAGAAGGAAGGUGGUGAAUUUUGUCAAAAGACAUUUAGCCUUGUAUAGACUGAGUUUUGAGGUUCCCAUGGGAUAACAAGGUUAAGAUUUCCAGUAAACAUUUGUGUUUUGGUGCUCAGGGAAAACUACAAAACUGCAGUUAUAGAUAUGGGAUUUGUACUCAUAUAGAUGGUAGUUAAAACCAUAUGAAUGAAUAAGAUGGUUUAGAAAAAGAGUAGAGCAAGGGAAACCUAGUGUACCAAUCUAGGAAAUACAAGUUAUAAGAUGGGGGGAAGAAGCCGAACCUAAAAUGACUAUCAGAUCGCUAGUAGAUAUCUUGUAUGUUUCUGAUUGAUUUAAUGAGGUGGGAGAAUAGUCAAGAAUGGAAUAGAAUUAAAGAAAGAUGUGAUUAACAGCAUAAAAACUGCUGCAGUGAGGAGGGGUAUUUUUUUCUACUUAGUUUACCAUCCUCCAACCCAUCUUCUCUGGGAUCUUAUAAUUAUAUAGUCAUUCUCCAGUAUUUCUUGAAAAUGAGCAUUGAAAAAAGCUAACUUAAGGCUAAGACUGGGACUUCCAAGUUGUUCACCACAACUACCACCACCACCUCCACCUCCAGCUUCCUCCUAUCCUCAGGAGAUAACUUGUAAAAGAAUGAAAUAAACAAACCUAAUUUUGUUCCUAA